AUGGCGAACCACCCCCACCAAUCGCAAAUGGCCUACAAACCUGACCCUCUACGCAUCACAACCAUGAACUGCAGGGGCCUAAAUAUCCCGGAGCGCAGAUCGCACCUUCUCCGAGAGCUUACCUCUAAGCGCGUAUCGAUUGCUUUCCUACAGGAAACACACUUUAAGGAAGGACAUGCUCCGCCGUUGAAGAGCAAACACUACCCCACUGCGGCUCUCAGCAACCACCCGACUGCACGUAAGGCAGGUGUAGCAGUUCUCACCCAUGCUCAACUACAGUUCCAGGAAGUGGAGCGACUGGUUGACCCUAAUGGCAGAUACCUGUUCAUUAAGGGAGACAUACAAAACCGUAGGUACACCCUCGCGACGAUAUACGCAACAAACAACAACCAAUCACACUUCAUACGUAAAUCUCUCUCCAACCUCUCCUCGUUCACGGAGGGCACGUUAAUCGUUGGAGGAGAUAUUAAUGUCCCCCUCAUCCCUCUCAUAGAUUCAUCCACGGGACAUAGCAGCAUCACCCAAGGAGCCAUCUGA